AUGGACUCAAGGAAAGUGAUGUGUGGGGUCAAGACAGAUUACCUGUUGAUAGUCUUGUCAUUUGAUUCUACUUCUCAAAAAGAUGAAGCCCUGGUCUUCUCUGCUCUGAAGAACCUGACAAUGGAACUCUUCCCAGUGCUAUUCAAAGGCGCUUUCAAUGGCCAACAAACAAAUAUCCUGACAGCGAUUGUGGCAGCCUGGCCCUUCCGAUGCCUUCCUGUGGGAGCCCUGAUGAAGACCCCUUACCUGGAGAUCUUGAAGGCUGUGCUGGGAGGCCUUGAUUUGCUGAUUAAGGAAAAGGAUAGACCUAGGAGUUGCAAACAAGAAGUCCUUGAUCUUCGGGAUGCCCAACAUAACUUCUGGAAUUGGUGGGCUGGAUAAGAGGAUGGUGUCUUUUCCCCAGAUGUUAAUGAGAAACAACCAGCGGUGGAUCAUCGCCUACAACAGGGAAAACAUGUUCUUACUGUGAUGAUGAACCUUUCCCUCAAGUCCUGAUAUCUCUGCAAAUACCUAAAAUAUUUCUGCUUGUGGGCCAUUCAGAGAAAAGAAGUGCUGCAGGUGAUCUGUGAAAAGCUGGAGUUUGGGACCAUCCCUGCGUAUAACCCUGUUAGGCUGCUGGAAGUAUUUGAACCAAGAUUUAUACUGGAGUUGGUGGUGAAUGGUCACUGGGACAUGAGAACCCUUGCAAUGUUUGCCCCUGGCCUGGGUCAGAUGAGAAACCUUCAGAAACUCCAUCUCAAUGAUAUCUGCAUGUCUUUGGAAUCAAUUAGGAACCGAGAAAUGAAUGUAUGGUAUAUUAGAAAAAUCAUACUCCAGUUCUCCCAUCUCGUGAAGCUCCAGCAUCUCUAUCUGAAUGGUGUUUUCUUCCUGAAUGAAAGAUUAGAACAAGUACUCAGGUCCUUGGAGAGUCCAUUAGAGACCCUCGCAAUCACGUGCUGCAUGCUAUCAGAAGAAGACAUGAGGUAUCUGUCCCAGUAUCCAGGCAUUCAUCAGCUCAGACAUCUGGAUCUGAGUGGUGUCAGCUUUGUAGAUUCAAUUCAUCCCCUUCUAGGAAAGCUGCUAGAGAAACUGACAGCUACUCUGAAGAUACUAAAAUUGAAGGAUUGUACACUCAAGGACUUCCAAAUCAGUGUCCUCCUCCCUGCCCUGAGCCAGUGUUCCCAGCUGGUUGAGCUCAAUUUUGCGAGGAACUUCCUGUCUCUGUCCAGCCUUAAGAAGCUGCUGCACCACACUGCCAACCUGAGACAGUUGACCCGAGAGACAUACCCUGCUCCAGAAGAAGUCUAUGAUGGCAUCGGUAAUGUUCUACCAGACAGAUUUGCCCAACAUUGCUCUGAGCUCUUGGAAACACUCAGGGGUAUAAGAGAGCCUAAUGAGGUCUCCUUUGUGAGUAGGAGAUGUCUACAUUGCUGGAAAUUUGUUUCUAUGACCUGGAAGCCUCACUAUGUUCCUGUUAGCAACAAAUAA